AACGGCACAGAACAAUUCUGUGAUGUUAACAAAUAUUUACUAGCUAGCUAGUCAGGGCUACGAUAAGAAGUGGGGACAUUACCACUGUAUUCAUGGCUCUUCACGCAUCGCAGAGACUUAUGUUAUCUGAUCUGUCUAGGAUGUCAGCGGCAAGCCAAGCCGAAAGAACCGUUUUGGAGGAGGAGUUCAAAUGGUUGUUGAAAGAAGAGGUGCAUGCUGUUCUGAAGCAGCUACAGGAUAUUCUGAAGGAAGCCUCACGCCGCUUUUCUAUGCCAGCAACAGGCAUAGAAAGCCAAGUUAAGCAAGAGAACUUCAUACUGGGCAGCUCAACCAUGGACCAUGUGAAAGGAGUACUUACUUUGCAAGGAGAAGCACUUACCCAAGCUGAUAUCAACAUAAAAAUGGCGAAAAGUAAUCAAGUCUUGCAUUUUACAUUCCGGGAUGACAAGCAAUGGAAAUUACAGCAGAUCCAGGAUGCCAGGAACCACGUGAACCAAGCGCUUCAGCUGCUCACGAGCAGGGACGAGGCAUACCACUUUAAAACGGGAGCCCAAGUUAAUAAGCUGAUGGACGCGGUGAUGCUGCAGCUGACGCGUGCCCGCAGUCGCCUCACCACGCCGGCCUCCAUGACUCUCCCCGAGCUGGCCUCCAGCGGGCUGAUGAAAAUGUUCACGCCCCCGGUGCCAGGAGACGUGAUGGUGAACUUCUACAUCAACCUCAGCAAGCUGUGCCUGACUGUAUACCAACUGCACGCCCUCCAGCCGAACACCGGCAAGAAUUAUAAGCCUGCUGGGAGUUCAGUGUUGCAUAAUCCUGGAGCUGUGUUUGAACUCAACAGCACCAGGUUUGAAGUCAGUCAUGUACAGAAGGUGGAAUGUGUCGUUCCAUGGCUCAACGACACGCUGGUCUUCUUCAGCAUCUCUCUACAGCUUUGCCAGCAGCUGAAAGAUAAGAUUUCAGUCUUCUCCAGUUACUGGAACUACAGACCAUUCUAGUCGGUGGGCCGGCAGCAUCAAGUGUAACUAUAAUACCAUGAGAAUAUUUAUUUUUAUUUUUGCCAGUGUUAUUGGUUGCGGGCAAUUUGAAAAACUCAGAAUGUGUGGCUUAGUUCUGUAUUGAGGUGAUACUAGGACCAACAUUUUACAUGAACUGGACUGAACUGUACUAUGAACUGCAUCAGGGGCAGCGGAAUGUUGGACUGUGCGAUUCAUCAGUUUGGACAAGGGAUCCCGAGGUAUAUGUUCAAGGGCACGUGCAAGCGCAGCUGAAUUCAGAUCUGAACCGUCAAUAUUAUUUCAGUAUUUUUCUUGUUUGAAUUUUGUGAAACGGCAGUCGUGGUGGCGCACGGCUAAAGCGCCGGACCUCCGUGCAGGCAUCGCUUCGAUGCCGUCGUACAACGGGGACCGCGGCCCGGGUCCCGGUCCUGCCAAAGCCGAGUUUGGGCGGCUCGCGUGGGAGCGGGAUAAUGGGGGUGGGGGGAGGGACUCGGCUGGGUUAGGAGGAUCGCCCCGAUGGCCUGGGGCUGGGGUCGUGGGACUGAGGCCAUGCAGGUUGGGGGAAGGCGUUCCUCCCGGUCAUUAAAUCUCCCCAGGCCACCGGGGGACAGGGUUGUAGAUGGUGUAUCCUCAGCAGUUAGCAACUGGAAUAGGUAGGUACAAUUGGCAACCAAAUUGGGAGAAAAAAAAGGAAAACUGAGGGGGGGGGGAUUUUUUAAAUUUAAAUCUUUAAGUUUUUUUUUUAUUUCGAGUCAGAAAAUUGUUAUUGACAUUUCCCCUUAUCUGGCUUAGCUAUUAGAAUCUAUGUGAAGUGCUUCUGAAAUGUAAAAGUUUGGACAAAAUAUAAAGUGACAUGUAAGAUGAAUCAGACUAGUAUAUCUAUUAAGAUCCUACACAUACUUUGUCAUAAAAUUGUUCCAAUAAACUUCAGAAUUGUGUACUCAAAACAUAAAAAUAAGCAAAUGCUUUGACCAACUACAAAAUAUACUGGAUGAAAAUGAUGUUUUUUAAAAUGCUUUCUAUGCAAUUAAAAUAUAGAUUAGUCAGAUGAACAAUCGAUAGGAAACUCUUGUAUAUUGAGCUUAGAUUGUGCUUUUGAACUGAUUUCAUAAUGGCAGAGGCAAUUGAUGCAACAAAUGAAAUGAGAUUUUGGCCAGACUCGCCACUUAAGCAGUGUUGCAUGACCAAACAAAUGUAAAAGCAAUGUAAAUCCUACAGCAAAAUGAGACCAUAUUUCAGUACUAUUAGCAUCGUUUCCUGAUUAUGGUGUCUUGCACCAUAGGUUUUGUUUGUUUAUUUAAUUGUAUGUAUUAUUAUUUGUCAUAAAACAUGCUUAUUUAUUUAAAUGUGAUUCUUUUCAUUUCUUUGUUGAAUGUGCAUUUACUUACUUCACCACCACCCUGUAAAUCUAGCACUCACUCUAUUAUUGAAUAAGAGAUGAGAACCUAAAUGAACUGAAAUGAAUAAUCACUAAAUAAAUACUCUAAACAGGAAUAA